UGUCCCUAAUGCAGCCGAGUGGGUUCGUAUCGCGGACUGGGCCGGCCAUUUUCCGACGAGACCAGUUUGUUUGUCAGUUUAGUUCAAAAUUGAAAUUGUAAUCUAUGUCAGAACCACAGUCAGCUUUACUGCUCAGGAAACAGCUCGCAGAACUAAACAAGAACCCGGUUGAGGGCUUCUCUGCUGGACUUAUAGACGACAAUGAUAUUUAUAGGUGGGAGGUGCUCAUUAUUGGACCGCCUGACACUUUAUACGAGGGUGGUUUUUUCAAGUGCCAUCUCCACUUUCCAAAGGAAUAUCCUUUACGGCCGCCCAAGAUGAAAUUCGUUACCGAAAUUUGGCACCCAAACAUCGAUAAAAACGGAGAUGUAUGCAUUUCGAUAUUACACGAACCUGGUGAUGAUAAGUUCGGUUAUGAGAAGGCAUCAGAAAGGUGGCUUCCGGUGCACACGGUAGAGACAAUCCUGAUAUCGGUCAUUUCGAUGCUCGCCGAUCCGAACGACGAAUCGCCGGCAAACGUGGACGCGGCUAAAGAGUGGCGUGAAUCGUACGCGGAGUUCAAGAGGAAGGUUGCCAGGUGCGUGCGGAAGUCCCAAGAGGAGUGUUAGUAGAGGUGUGCCCCCGAAGAAGUGAAAGCAACAACAACCAUCAUUUUCAAACGAUUUUUAAAAGUUGAAAAAAAUAUUAAUUAUUAUUAAACAACAAAAAAACACGUCUCUAGGUUUAUAAAAAGUAACAAAUUGAAAAAAAAAUAAGAAAAUUAUUAAAAAAAAAACUGAAAAACCAGCGUCGUUUUAUCAAUUUAAAAAAAGGCGAAGGAAAGAAUCCUAAAGUGAGGUUAUGUGUUUAUUUAGAAAAAACUUUUUUUCUUUACUCCUUUUAUUUAAAAAAAAAUAAUCGGGAGAACUCAUUAAUGAAUUGUUUAUUAACGAUUACCCUUAAAUGAUUCUUCUUUUUAUUAAUUAUUUUGAAUUGUUUUUUUUUUUUCUAAUUAAAGACAAGUUGAUGAUU